CUCACUGAUCUCUACCAACCCAAGCUUCUGCGAUUUUGAUUCUGACGCGAACCAGACCGGAAGUGCUGUCCAACGACUGCCUAUACUUACUAGAAACAACGGAAACGUCCUCCCCACUAUCGUUCCGCCUGCGCCGCGGGCAACGGUUCCGUUUCGCGGCCCGGAAGUGCGGCCUUCAAAUUGACAAGCAGGAGGUAGCCACUACUGAGCCUGGUGCCUGAGGAGUCGGAGCAGAUGGCAGCGACAGAGGCAGUGCACCACAUCCACCUCCAGAACUUUUCGCGCUCACUACUGGAGACCCUCAACGGGCAGAGGUUAGGCGGUCACUUCUGCGAUGUGACUGUGCGCAUCCGAGAGGCUUCGCUGCGUGCGCACCGCUGUGUGCUGGCUGCUGGCUCACCCUUCUUCCAGGAUAAGCUGCUGCUUGGCCACUCAGAGAUUCGUGUGCCACCAGUGGUGCCUGCGCAGACAGUGCGUCAGUUGGUCGAGUUCCUGUACAGCGGCUCUCUGGUGGUGGCACAGGGCGAAGCGCUGCAGGUCCUCACAGCAGCCUCUGUGCUUCGCAUCCAGACAGUCAUUGAUGAAUGCACUCAAAUCAUUGCGCGUGCCCGUGUACCCAGUGCACCAGCGCCUCCGCCUCUGCCACCACCCGUGGCCCCUCCACUUGCACCUGCGCAGCUACGCCACCGUCUACGCCACUUGCUGGCUGCUCGCCCACCAGGACAUCCCAAUGCUGCACACAGUCGCAAGCAGCGCCAGCCUGCACGGCUUCAGUUGCCUGCACCCCCGGCACCCAUCAAGGCCGAGGGCCCCGAUGCAGAGCCAGCGCUGACUGCCGCCCCAGAAGACAGAGGUGACGAGGAUGACGAUGAAGAGACAGAUGAAGAAACUGACGCUGAAGAAGGUGAAGGUGGUAGUGGCCCAAGUGAGGGCCAGGAGCCCUCUGCCUUCCCUGACUGUUCAGGAGGCUUCCUUACUACCGAAGCUGACAGUGCUCUUGAGGACCUACCUGCAUCCGCUGCCAUCACUGAUUAUGGUGGUGCUGGGAGAGAUUUCCUUCGGGGGACUACAGUGACCGAGGAUGUGUUUCCAGAUAGUUAUGUGUCAGCUUGGCAUGAAGAAAGCAGCGGGGGUCCAGAAGGUUGUCCAGUGGAAACCUCUGCUCCACCUGACUGUGCCUUGGCUGGGCCUCGCCCAACUGGCGUGAAGACCCCGGGCCCCCCAGUGACUCUCUUUCCCUUUCACCUGGGCGCCCCGGGUCCUCCAGCACCAACACCUUCUACUCCAUCGGGGCCAACCCCUGCGCCCCCACCUACCUUCUACCCUACGCUCCAGCCAGAUGCAGCCCCCAGUGCUCAGCUGGGAGAAACCCCAGCUGUGCUCCCAGCUGUGCCUGCUACUCAGGCCACAGCCAUCUCAAGCGCUCCUCUGCGAGCCCCCGGGGCCCCAGGUGCUGAGCAACCGGCCUAUGAGUGUAGCCACUGCCGCAAAACAUUCAGCUCCAGGAAAAACUACACCAAGCACAUGUUCAUUCACUCUGGGGAGAAGCCACAUCAGUGCGCAGUGUGCUGGCGAUCCUUCUCGCUACGUGACUACCUGCUUAAGCAUAUGGUCACACACACCGGCGUGCGAGCCUUCCAGUGUGCAGUGUGUGCCAAGCGCUUCACGCAGAAGAGUUCCCUCAACGUGCACAUGCGCACACACAGGCCUGAGCGUGCGCCCUGCCCUGCCUGUGGCAAGGUUUUCUCACAUCGUGCCCUGCUGGAGCGGCACCUGGCAGCUCACCCUGCACCUUGAUUAAGAUCCAGCUGCACACCUCACACAGGCACAGUCAGAUGCCUUGGGCAAGGUCCACUCCACUAAAAGGCUUCUGCUACAGAGUACGGACCCUUUCCCUUUUCCACUCUGACCCCAUUUUCCCCAUGGACUUGGGAUUCAGAAUCCUAUUUUCCUCCUACACAUGCUUAUCUUUUCUGGAUGGACAUGACUGGGUAGAAGAUAGUCAGAGACCCUGCCACCUCAGAGACAUAGCCAUUUCCAUUUCCAGGUUGAGCUGGGCACACAGACUCUUGGAACCCGAUGCUGGAUUUGUGCCCCAACCCCUGCCAGGUAUGGUAUCUAGGGCUGUCCUCUGUCCCAGUGCUGGGCUAGAAUUCUCUGACCUCACCCCUAUUUUGGGCCACCCUUCCUUCAUUCAGCAUGAGGGAACCUACUAUGGGACUUUAGGAUUCUGUUCUAAUAAAGGACAUUGGGCCAGUG